AUGGGGGACAUGGCAAACAGUUCCAUCGAGUUCCACCCUAAAUCCCAGCAGCAGCGGGAAAUGCCCCAUGUGGGUGGCUUUGGGUGCACACUAGCAGAACUACGCAACCUCAUGGAACUCCGAGGUGCCGAGGCACUGCAGAAGAUUCAGGAAGCCUACGGAGAUGUCAGUGGGCUGUGCAGAAGGCUGAAGACCUCACCUACUGAGGGCCUGGCAGACAACACCAAUGACUUAGAGAAACGCAGGCAGAUCUAUGGGCAGAACUUCAUCCCUCCCAAGCAGCCCAAGACCUUCCUGCAGUUGGUAUGGGAAGCCCUGCAGGACGUGACUCUCAUCAUCCUGGAGGUGGCUGCCAUCGUCUCCCUGGGCCUCUCCUUCUAUGCACCACCUGGAGAGGAAAGUGAAGCCUGUGGGAAUGUAUCUGGUGGGGCAGAGGACGAGGGAGAGGCUGAGGCUGGCUGGAUCGAAGGGGCUGCCAUCCUACUCUCUGUCAUCUGUGUGGUGCUGGUCACGGCCUUCAAUGACUGGAGCAAAGAAAAGCAGUUCCGAGGUCUUCAGAGCCGUAUUGAGCAGGAGCAGAAGUUUACUGUCAUCCGAAAUGGACAGCUCCUCCAGGUCCCUGUGGCAGCACUUGUGGUGGGGGACAUUGCCCAGGUCAAAUACGGAGACCUUCUGCCUGCUGAUGGUGUGCUAAUCCAAGGCAAUGACCUCAAGAUCGAUGAGAGCUCCCUGACCGGUGAGUCAGAUCAUGUGCGCAAGUCGGCAGACAAAGACCCUAUGCUGCUCUCAGGCACUCAUGUCAUGGAAGGUUCUGGAAGAAUGGUAGUAACAGCUGUUGGUGUGAACUCCCAGACAGGAAUCAUCUUUACAUUGCUUGGAGCUGGUGGAGAGGAGGAGGAGAAGAAAGACAAGAAAGGCAAGCAGCAGGAUGGGGCGAUGGACAGUAGCCAAACCAGAGCUAAGAAGCAGGAUGGGGCUGUUGCCAUGGAAAUGCAGCCCCUGAAGAGUGCUGAGGGUGGGGAAAUGGAGGAGCGAGAAAAGAAGAAAGCCAACGUACCCAAGAAGGAGAAGUCAGUUCUGCAAGGGAAGCUCACAAAACUGGCUGUGCAGAUUGGGAAAGCAGGGUUGGUGAUGUCUGCCAUCACUGUCAUCAUUCUGGUCCUCUACUUUGUGAUUGAGACCUUCGUCGUGGAUGGCCGGGUGUGGCUGGCAGAGUGCACACCUGUCUAUGUUCAGUACUUUGUGAAGUUCUUCAUUAUCGGAGUCACUGUGCUGGUUGUGGCUGUCCCUGAGGGCCUGCCUCUUGCUGUCACUAUCUCUUUGGCUUACUCUGUCAAGAAAAUGAUGAAGGACAACAACCUGGUACGCCACCUGGAUGCCUGUGAGACCAUGGGCAAUGCCACAGCCAUUUGUUCUGACAAGACAGGCACACUUACCACCAACCGCAUGACCGUGGUCCAGUCCUACCUAGGAGACACCCACUACAAAGAGAUUCCAGCUCCCAGCGCCCUAACCCCCAAGAUCCUUGACCUUCUGGUUCAUGCCAUCUCCAUCAACAGUGCCUACACCACCAAAAUACUACCUCCAGAGAAGGAAGGCGCUCUCCCACGCCAAGUGGGCAACAAAACAGAGUGUGCUCUGUUGGGCUUCAUCCUGGACCUGAAACGAGACUUCCAACCUGUACGGGAGCAGAUUCCAGAAGAUAAGCUUUACAAAGUAUACACCUUCAACUCAGUCCGCAAGUCCAUGAGCACGGUUAUCCGCAUGCCUGAUGGUGGCUUCCGCCUCUUCAGCAAGGGAGCCUCAGAGAUCCUGCUCAAAAAGUGUACCAACAUCUUAAACAGCAAUGGUGAACUCCGAGGAUUCCGUCCUCGGGACCGGGAUGACAUGGUGAAGAAGAUCAUUGAACCUAUGGCUUGUGAUGGCCUCCGCACCAUCUGCAUUGCCUACAGGGACUUCUCUGCAAUCCAGGAGCCCGACUGGGACAAUGAGAAUGAGGUGGUGGGUGAGCUUACCUGCAUAGCCGUCGUGGGCAUCGAGGAUCCUGUGCGACCUGAGGUUCCUGAAGCCAUUCGCAAAUGCCAGCGUGCUGGCAUCACAGUCCGUAUGGUGACUGGAGACAACAUCAACACUGCCCGGGCUAUUGCAGCUAAGUGUGGCAUCAUCCACCCAGGUGAAGACUUCCUGUGCCUGGAAGGGAAGGAAUUCAACAGAAGGAUUCGGAAUGAGAAAGGCGAGAUAGAACAGGAGCGGCUGGACAAGGUGUGGCCCAAGCUGCGGGUGCUCGCCCGGUCAUCUCCUACUGACAAACACACGCUGGUCAAAGGCAUUAUUGACAGCACAACUGGUGAGCAGAGGCAGGUGGUGGCUGUGACUGGGGAUGGUACCAAUGAUGGGCCAGCUCUCAAAAAGGCAGAUGUGGGCUUCGCCAUGGGCAUCGCAGGCACUGAUGUGGCCAAGGAGGCCUCUGACAUCAUCCUGACUGACGACAACUUCACCAGCAUUGUCAAGGCCGUCAUGUGGGGCCGCAAUGUCUAUGACAGCAUCUCCAAGUUCCUGCAGUUUCAGUUGACAGUCAACGUGGUGGCUGUGAUCGUGGCCUUCACAGGUGCCUGUAUCACUCAGGACUCUCCUCUCAAAGCUGUGCAGAUGUUAUGGGUGAAUUUGAUCAUGGAUACAUUUGCCUCACUUGCCCUGGCAACGGAGCCCCCAACUGAGUCACUGCUGCUGCGGAAGCCAUAUGGCCGAGACAAGCCCCUCAUCUCACGUACCAUGAUGAAGAACAUCCUUGGCCAUGCCGUCUACCAGCUCACCAUCAUCUUUACCUUGCUUUUUGUUGGAGAGCUCUUCUUCGACAUUGACAGUGGAAGGAAUGCACCCCUGCACUCGCCACCCUCCGAGCACUAUACCAUCAUUUUUAACACCUUUGUCAUGAUGCAGCUUUUCAAUGAGAUUAAUGCUCGCAAGAUCCAUGGUGAGAGGAAUGUCUUUGAUGGUAUCUUCAGCAACCCCAUCUUCUGCACCAUUGUCCUGGGCACCUUUGGAAUUCAGAUUGUCAUCGUCCAGUUUGGUGGGAAGCCCUUCAGCUGUUCACCACUGUCCACAGAACAGUGGCUCUGGUGCCUAUUUGUUGGUGUUGGGGAGCUGGUCUGGGGACAGGUCAUUGCCACCAUCCCCACUAGCCAGCUCAAGUGCCUGAAGGAAGCAGGACAUGGGCCUGGGAAGGACGAGAUGGCUGAUGAGGAGCUGGCCGAGGGGGAGGAGGAAAUCGACCAUGCUGAGCGAGAGCUCCGCAGGGGCCAGAUCCUCUGGUUUCGGGGCCUCAACCGGAUCCAGACGCAGAUGGAGGUAGUGAGUACCUUCAAGAGAAGCGGGUCAUUUCAGGGUGCUGUGCGCCGGCGGUCUUCAGUCCUCAGCCAGCUCCAUGACGUAACCAAUCUUUCUACCCCUACUCACAUCCGGGUGGUGAAAGCAUUCCGUAGCUCACUUUAUGAAGGCCUUGAGAAACCGGAAUCCAAGAGCUGCAUCCAUAACUUCAUGGCAACGCCCGAAUUUCUGAUCAAUGACUACACCCACAACAUCCCGCUCAUCGAUGACACAGAUGUGGAUGAGAAUGAAGAGCGCCUGAGGGCCCCGCCUCCCUCACCCCCUAACCAGAACAACAACGCCAUAGACAGCGGCAUCUACCUGACCAUGCAUGCCACCAAGUCAGCUACCUCUUCAGCAUUCUCUUCCAGGCCCGGGAGCCCACUCCACAGCAUGGAGACGUCCCUCUAA